CUCUCUGGCCUCUCCCCCAACCCAAAGACAUUUAUUUAAACAAGUUUAGUGUUAUGGGUUUGAUUUUUGAAUUCUGUUUGAAAAUAUUGUGUUUAAUAUCAAUCAAUGUAGUCUGGGCUAUAAAGAAAACGUGUAGAGAUAACCAAAUUAAAAACGACGUAGGUGGAGUUGGUCUCCUUCAGGAUGGGAAGCCCUAGAUUGAAGAGGAAUGACUUGAGGUGAGUGUUCAAAGGACCAGAGGGAUAUUUUGCAGUAAGGAGAACUGUUUCAGUCACUUGACCUCCACUCCGUCGGAGGAUGAUGAUCCACACAUGAACCAAAACCUCCUGAAUCCGUAGGGUACAGACCACCUCCGGAGUUUAUUAACAAAGACUUCAGAACUAAAGAGCGCAUCCGAAGAGUAUUCCUGUCUAGACCUCCGCUAAAAUGGCAGAAGAAAACCUUCCUCUCAAACAUUUCCUGACCUGCAGCGUGUGCACUGAGAUCCUCAAGGACCCGGUGUCUCUGGGCUGUCACCACAGCUUCUGUUCCAGCUGUCUCCAGGACUUCUGGGCCCAAGCGGAGAACAAGAACUGUCCCGUCUGUAAGAGGAAAUCCUCAAAGGAUGUAGUCGUUAACUUUUCCAUCAAGGAGCUCGCUGACUCCUACGCUAGAAGACAGAGGUCUGCCCCCUCUGAUGAGGCCCAGGUGGUCUGCACUGAACCCUCCCAGAGGUCUGCCCCCUCUGAUGAGGCCCAGGUGGUCUGCACUGAACCCUCCCAGAGGUCUGCCCCCUCUGAUAAGGCCCAGGUGGUCUGCACUGAGCACUUAAAGGAUAUCAAGUGGUUCUGUAAGGAGGAGCAGAGAGCUGUGUGUCACGUGUGUGAGUUCCCUCACCACCAGGGUCACACAGUGGUUCCUCUAGAAGAACCAGUCCAGGAGCUGAAGCAGCAGCUGACACAUGACCUCACGGCUCUACAGGCCAGGAGGAGCAGACACCAGGAGCUGGAGGAGACGUAUGAGGCCAUGGUUCCUCACCUCAAGGAACAGCGGGUGAAGACCGAGAGGCGGAUCAGAGCAGAGUUUGAACAGCUUCACCGGUUCCUGAGAGAGGAAGAGGAGGCCAGAGUGAAGGCCCUGAGAGAGGAAGAGGAGCAGAAGAGGAAGAGGAUCCUCCUGGAGAGGAAGACCCUUCAGGAGCAGAUCCGGUCUCUCUCAGAGGGUCUCUUGGCUGUAGAAGCAGACCUGCAGAAGGACGGCCUGUCGUUCCUCAGCUCUUCCACGCGCUCCCGGACCAGCGCCAGAGCCCUGCUCUCCGGUUCUGAUCCCCAGCUGCUUCCUGGAGCGCUGCUGGACGAGGCCAAACACCUGGGAAACCUGGCCCACCGAGUCUGGGAGGAGAUGGGGCAGAGGACCACCUUCAGCCCCGUUACUCUGGACCCAAACACUGCAGCACGCCGGCUCUCUCUGUCUGAUGAUCUGACCAGCGUGAGACAUAGCGGUGUAAUCCAGAAGGUUCCUAACAACCCAGAGAGGUUCACUUGGUACCGUAAUGUUCUGGGCUCUGAGGGCUUCAGCUCAGGGGAACACUGCUGGGAGGUGGAGGUGGGAGACCAUCCUGACUGGAUAAUAGGUGUUGCUAAAGAGUCAGUGGACAGGAAAGGAGAGCGUCCUGCUACACCAGCUAAUGGAAUCUGGUGUUUACUCCACCGCAGUGGAAAGUACACUCUGGGUAGUGGUGAAACCCUGACAUUGAAGAGGACUCCAGAGAGGAUCAGAGUCCAGCUGGACUAUGAUGGAGGGGAGGUGUCCUUCUACGACCCUGAAGACAUGACUCUCAUCUACACCCAUCAAGACACUUUCACUGACAACAUCUUCCCUUAUUUUAAUGUUGGAGCAGCAGGUGAAGCCCGGACCAAAGAUGUUAGAGUGUGUGGUGUCUCCUCACGCACUAAGCCAUGUAAAUGAAUGUAACCUUGUCAGUUACAUUCAGUUUAUACAUACAUACAUACAUACAUACAUACAUACAUACAUACAUACAUACAUACAUACAUACAUACAUACAUACAUACAUACAUACAUACAUACAUACAUACAUACAUACAUACAUACAUACAUACAUACAUACAUACAUACAUACAUACAUACAUACAUACAUACAUACAUACAUACAUACAUACAUACAUACAUACAUACAUACAUACAUACAUACAUACAUACAUACAUACAUACAUACAUACAUACAUACAUACAUACAUACAUAUAUACAUGUGGAUCAAUAUAUCUAGUUGUGUAUAUAUAUGAGUAUAGUAUCAUAGACGGUAGAGGAUGGUCAGUGAAGGUCUCAGUGCAGCCUGUGGAUCAUUAACAGUGAGGGGUGCGUGUGUUUUCUUGUUAAAUGGAAUUGUACGUUUAAUGUUGAUAACAAGGGUCUGUAAUAGAACCACACAUGUAGAGAAAUCAAUUAUAUUGUUAAUAUUGUUAUGUUAACACCUACACAAGAAUCACAUGGGGAAAUAAUAAUCAUCUAUCAAACGGCUGGUGUGUAAUUCUAUUACUUUUGGUUUUAGUCAAUGCUGUUCAUUCCUGUCUGUGUAUUAGUCUACCCUCACUGUUUGGGACGUAUUGGUUUAUACAUAUUCACACAGGGUAUAGAAAGGGGUUAGGGUUUGAUUCCAGGGUUUAGGGUUUAGUAACGGAGGAAAUCAAUCAGAACAUAAUGAUGAAUUAAUUAUUAUGUUAUUAUGUUAUUAAUUAUUAUGAAUAGUGAUUAUUCAGGUAACUGUGAUUCCAUUCCCGUUAACCAACUAAAAGUUAUUUCUUACAAUAAACAUGUGUCGGCCUGUUCUAUGAUUCAUGUCGUUCAUAACUCCUCCAGAAGCCGUCCUGACGCGUACAACAGGAAACCUUCUUCACGCACACAUUUUGAUUUUGAUUUAAAUUGUGAAGCCGAAGCGUUCUGGUGACGGGACCUGGUUGUAGAUGAGGGCAGGAAUCGGUGGCUCAUACCAGAGCUGGACGUCCGGGCGCAGCCGCUGGUUCCUCCACAGCGUGGACGCAAUCCAGCGCUGGUCCUGCUGGGGAAUGGUCUCCAGGAGACCAGGAGGGGACCAGGAGGGGACCAGGAGGAGACCAGGAGGAGACCAGGUGACCAGGAGGGGACCAGGAGGAGACCAGGAGGAGACCAGGAGGAGACC